CAUCAGUACUCUUAAAAAGGCUUUUCAAGCAACGUCUCAUAUUCAUGACUUUUUCACUGCUCCUCUUAAAAAAUAUUAUGAUUAAAUAAAUUUCAAUGUUAUAUUGUGAAUGAAAAUUUUCAUUUAAAUAUUUUCAAUCUAAUCCUACUUUUUUGUAGAGUUGACACUUGUUUUUUAUAUUCUUUGUUAUUAUUUGUGCACCUGACAAUAUGAUGAAGUUGAAUAUUUACUCUUUCGAAGGGCGGAUAAAAUAUUACAAAAAUUCAUUAUUUGAAAAAUCGUUUGAAAACUCGUUCGAAAACGAAAGAAUGAACAAAAAAAGUGAUGCACAAUAUAAAAUUGUACGUGAAUGUGUAAAUAUUUGUUUUAAGUGAAGAGCAUACAAAAAACGUAAUAAAAUAAUAAUUUUCGAAAAUUCUUUUUUGGUUUUUUUUACUAAAUAAAAUUAUGAAAUGAGUUAUGAAAAUAAAAUUGGAAUAAUACAAUCAUAAAUAAGAUUUUUUUACAAAGAAAAGGAGUUGUAUGAUUGAAUAAUAAUUUACAAUAUUCAAAAUUACAUUGUGUAUUGCACUUUCAAGGUGAAGUUAAUGAGAUAAUCUACUGCAAGAGGCACUUGGUGUUUUUAAUUAUUUAUCUCUCGAGUGAUGAGGAAUUGUACUUAUAAUUAGGUAUUUUCGUGGAUAUCUCGAGAAAUAUGAAAGAAUAGAAAGAGUAUGCUGCUGUAUAGCCUGCUUUGGUGGUUAGAGAGAAGAAAUUUUUAAAAAUGAGGAGCGUUCUGUUGACUUUAAGUGUACUCUUCGCAAGAUCUGUUCGAUGCUGGAGUAAUAAUGGUGAUGUUCAAAAAUUUGAACCCUCAAUUCGAAGUCCGUAUUUUGAUAUGUCAGCAUCACAAAACGUAACGGCGUUGGUUGGCAAAACAGCACAGUUAAACUGUCGGGUUCGUAAUUUGGACGAUCGAACAGUUUCAUGGGUAAGACAUAGAGACAUACAUCUGCUAACAGUAGGAAUCGAUACGUAUACAUCCGAUCAGAGAUUCGUUGCUUCUAAUUACCCUCGAACAGAGGAUUGGACCCUCCAAAUUAAAUAUCCCCAGCAGAGAGAUUCUGGAACUUAUGAAUGUCAGGUUUCUACAACACCGCCCAUAGGACACUCCAUGCAUCUUGCUGUUGUCGAGCCUGUUACUACCAUCGUAGGAAGUCCAGAAUUGUACAUAAACAGAGGUAGCACGAUGAACCUUACCUGCGUAGUAAGGCAUAGUCCAGAACCACCUUCUUCUAUUUUCUGGACUCACAAUCACCAGGAAAUCAAUUAUGAUAGUCCGAGGGGUGGUGUGUCUGUAAUCACAGAAAAAGGUGAAAUUACCACCUCUUAUCUUCUAAUUCAACGAGCACAAUCAUCGGACAGCGGUGAUUAUACUUGUCAUCCUAGCAACGCUAACAGCCAAAAGAUUUCUGUUCAUGUACUAAAUGGAGAAUACCCAGCAGCAAUGCAACACGGAGGACAACUUAAAUUAGGGAAUCCGCCCUUUGUAAUAUUUUUAGCUUUACUACUGGGAAUUUUCAUCUAUGAUCACUGAAUCAAAAGAAGCCAUGAUGUGGAAUUGUGAACAGUCUGAUAGCUCAUUGAAGUGGAUUAUAAUUAUAAUGUAAUCUACAACAAUUCAGAAAUGAUAGCUAAGCUCAAAAUCUCAGACUUUCGUAUAUAUAAAAGAAAGAAAAUACUUCUCAUGUACAAAAAAGAAACCAUUCUACAAAACUAUGAUAAAAUAUAAAAUAAAAAAUUAAUAUUACAUCAUC